CUUAUUCUGUCCUAAUAAGUCCUCCACAAACCAUUUCCGCUCUUGAAUAUAGCACCGUGCUUAUCCCACAUUUCUGCAGCCGAUUUAAAAGAAAAGCUAAAAGAAAUCCGAAAGAUACCGAGCGUUUGAAGCUUGCAACUUUGCUCUUGACCCCACUGCGGGCAGGCAUCAGUACCUCAACACCAAUAGCGGCGCUGUGUAUUGCCGUAACCACGGAGCGGUAGCACAACUGGACAAAAUGGUGGUUGAUCCGGAACAGUCACCGUUCUUCAAAGAUCGCAGGGCUCAAGGCUGCAUUGUCGUCAGAGAACUUCCCAAGUUUGACCUCGAAUCAUACAUAUCCAAUUAUGACGGACCCACUCGCAUUCUCCGACUUCGUCACAUCGGCUCCCACUCUCCAUACCUAGCGGUCGACGCCUACCGAAUGGCAAUCUCCCAAGCCAAAGAAGGAAAGAACGUACAACUCUACACAGACCUUGUGGAGCAGUUCAAUCAGAUUGCGCCGGAUGAUCCUUUGGCAACAAAAGAUGAUGCAUGGGUGGAGAAGAAGAAGCAAGACGUCAAAGCGGAAGGCGAACGACUGAACCAUGAACUGAGGGCGUACAAGAACAAUCUCAUCCAGGAGAGCAUAAGAAUGGGCAAUGAGGACCUUGGCCAUUUCUACGCUGCAUGUGGCGACCACGCAGAGGCAGUGAGGGCUUUCAACCGCAUGCGAGAUAACUGCACGUCGCCGAAGCAGAUUGCGGAUAUGAAUCUACGACUCGUGGUGAAUUAUAUUGCCCAAUCGGCAUGGAUGGCGGUGCAAACGUCACUGAUAAAGCUGGAGGCAGUUGGACUGAGGCCAGAGGAGAAGAGCAAACUGGAUCCCGUCAUAUCAGCCUGCUAUGGCCUCUCGUACAUGUGUACGGGAAACUAUCUCGAUGCUGCGAACAGCUUCAUCAACACUUCGUCUUCCUUCAUGACUAUGGAGCCCGUAGGUGGUGUCCAGUGGCAGAGGGAGGUUAUAUCCGCCAAUGAUGUUGCUGUCUACGGCGGCCUCUGUGCGCUCGCAUCCAUGGAUCGCAAUGAGUUGCAGACCAAUGUCCUCGGGGACUCAAACUUUCGCAAUUUUCUGGAGCUGGAGCCGCAUAUUCGUCGCGCCAUCACUCUCUUUUGCAAUUCCAAGUACAGUGCCUGUCUUGAGGUUUUGGAGGGUUACCGGACCGACUACCUCUUGGACAUGUACCUGUGUGAUCGCUUAUCGGUAAUCUACGGCAAGAUACGCACCAAGAGCAUCGUGCAGUAUUUCGUUCCUUUUAGCUGUGUGACUCUGGAGGAGAUGGCAUCCAAGUUUGGAACAGGCGAUGAGAAUGCAAGCAUCGAGGACGAGCUGGCGAAGAUGAUCUCGACGGGUCUGCUUAACGCUCGCAUCGACCUCGUCGACGGACUCCUCAUAUCCCCCCCGACGAACCUGCGUCACGAUGUCCAUUCCAACGCCCUGGCGAUGGCGGAGAAGUACGAGCAUACACUGCAACUGCGGUUGACGCGUCUCAAUCUAUUGAACGCAGGCAUGAGCAUAAAGCCGGAUAAGUCCAAGGAAGGAGGUCCCUUUACUCCUGGGGAAGGUGGAUACGCGGCGCUCUGAGUGCGGGCCGGAGUGCAUUACGGGGUGCAUAGCGGGACAUGGUGUAGGCGUUUCCCGGCGUUCAUGGCAAGACGAUCAAGGUAAACACGGGUCUCAAUGAUCUUCUGUAUUCAGCUUUGAUAAGCAUUCGAAGACUCAAUACCCGUCGAAAUUCACUCUGCAUUAGCACCU